UUGGAAUCUGGAUAAAAAUAUCCAUUAAUUAAUAAAAAAGUUAUAAUUACUAUAGAUUGUUGAGUUUAGAAGAUGAAUAAAUAUUUGAAGCCAGAUUUGCCCACACCUGAAUGCAUGGAGCUUUUUCAAAAGUUAGCGAAUUGCCAUGAAAAGAAUAAGUUGGCAAAAUUUCUUGGUACAUGCAAUUCAUUUGAAGCCGCUCUCAGGAGGUGUGUCAAACGUGAACAUGAGGAGCGGGCUGCAGCCAAUCAUGAAGAAUCCAAAAAAAAGCUGAAGGAGCUACAUGAACGCUUGCGAAGAAAGCCAUCAUCAUAAUAUUGUUAUGAACAAUUUUUAAAGUUUUUACUAACAUUUCAAUAUUAAGUCAAUAUUUUAGAAGUAAUUAUAGUGAGAAUAAAUAAGAGACUACUUUGAGGUUCUAUUAAUAGAUGAGGAAUAUAUAGAUCUCCUGUAUCAAAAAGGAAUUAAAAC